GCAGCAGCGCGACGGCGCCGGCAUCGUCCUAACUUGCACGCGCGGAGUGACCCCAGCCAUUUCACUAAAAUGAGCGUGCUUAGCAGGAAGAGAUGUGUUCCUUACACUAGAAAUUACCCCGUCACAGGUAGCGGUGUCCCAGUUAAUGGAUUCUGACAUGGAUUAUGAAAGGCCAAACGUAGAGACCAUCAAGUGCGUGGUAGUGGGGGACAACGCUGUGGGCAAGACCAGGCUCAUCUGUGCCCGGGCCUGCAAUGCCACCCUCACCCAGUACCAGCUGCUAGCCACCCAUGUGCCCACAGUUUGGGCCAUCGACCAGUACCGGGUGUGUCAGGAGGUGCUGGAACGUUCCCGAGACGUGGUAGAUGAUGUCAGCGUGUCCCUCCGUCUCUGGGACACCUUUGGAGAUCACCACAAAGACCGUCGCUUUGCUUAUGGGAGAUCCGAUGUGGUGGUUCUGUGCUUCUCCAUUGCCAACCCCAACUCCCUCCACCAUGUCAAGACCAUGUGGUACCCAGAAAUCAAACACUUCUGCCCCCGAGCACCUGUCAUCUUGGUGGGCUGCCAGCUGGACCUGCGCUACGCCGACCUGGAGGCUGUCAAUAGGGCCAGGAGACCCUUGGCUAGGCCCAUCAAGCCCAAUGAGAUCCUUCCCCCAGAGAAGGGUCGGGAGGUGGCCAAGGAGCUGGGCAUCCCCUACUACGAGACCAGCGUGGUGGCCCAGUUCGGCAUCAAGGACGUCUUUGACAACGCCAUCCGUGCAGCGCUCAUCUCCCGCCGGCACCUGCAGUUCUGGAAGUCCCACCUCCGCAAUGUGCAGCGGCCUCUGCUGCAGGCGCCCUUCCUGCCCCCCAAGCCGCCUCCCCCCAUCAUUGUGGUGCCUGAUGCCCCCUCCAGCAGCGAGGAGUGCCCCGCCCACCUCCUGGAGGACCCGCUGUGCGCGGACGUCAUCCUGGUGCUGCAGGAGCGUGUGCGCAUCUUUGCCCACAAGAUCUACCUCUCCACUUCCUCCUCCAAGUUCUACGACCUGUUCCUCAUGGACCUGAGUGAGGGGGAUCUGGGGGGCCCCUCAGGGUCAGGGGGCCCCUGCCCGGAGGACCACCGGGGUCGCCCUGAUCAACACCACCACCAUCACCACCACCACCAUGGCCGGGACUUCCUGCUUCGGGCAGCCAGCUUUGAUGUGUGCGAGAGCGUGGAGGAGAGCCGGGGCUGCGGGCCCGCCGGGCUCCGGGCUUCAACUAGCGAUGGGAUCCUACGGGGCAGUGGGACAGGGUACCUGCCUGGGAGGGGUCGAGUGCUGUCUUCCUGGAGCCGAGCUUUUGUGAGCAUCCAGGAAGAGAUGGCAGAGGAUCCACUGACUUAUAAAUCCCGGCUGAUGGUGGUGGUGAAAAUGGACAACUCCAUCCAGCCGGGGCCCUUCCGGGCUGUUCUCAAGUACCUGUACACAGGGGAGCUGGACGAGAAUGAGCGGGACCUUAUGCACAUCGCCCACAUUGCUGAGCUGCUCGAGGUCUUUGAUCUGCGCAUGAUGGUGGCCAACAUUCUCAACAAUGAGGCCUUCAUGAACCAGGAGAUCACCAAGGCCUUCCACGUCCGCCGGACCAACCGGGUUAAGGAGUGCUUGGCAAAAGGCACCUUCUCAGAUGUGACCUUCAUCCUGGAUGAUGGCACCAUCAGCGCCCACAAGCCCCUGUUGAUUUCCAGCUGUGACUGGAUGGCUGCCAUGUUUGGGGGGCCGUUUGUGGAGAGUUCCACCAGGGAGGUGGUGUUUCCUUACACAAGCAAGAGCUGCAUGAGGGCCGUGCUGGAAUACCUGUACACCGGCAUGUUCACCUCCAGCCCCGACCUGGACGACAUGAAGCUCAUCAUCCUGGCCAACCGCCUCUGCCUGCCACACUUGGUCGCCCUCACAGAGCAAUACACAGUGACCGGGCUGAUGGAAGCAACUCAGAUGAUGGUAGACAUCGAUGGGGACGUCCUUGUGUUCCUGGAACUGGCUCAGUUCCACUGCGCAUAUCAGUUGGCUGACUGGUGUCUCCAUCACAUCUGCACCAACUACAACAACGUGUGUCGCAAGUUCCCUCGAGACAUGAAGGCCAUGUCCCCAGAAAACCAGGAGUAUUUUGAGAAGCACCGGUGGCCGCCUGUCUGGUACCUGAAGGAGGAAGACCACUACCAGCGGGCCCGGAAGGAGCGUCAGAAGGAGGACUAUCUCCACCUGAGACGGCAGCCCAAGCGGCGCUGGCUGUUCUGGAACAGCCCUUCCUCGCCGGCCUCUUCAGCCACCUCCUCGUCCUCCCCAUCUUCCUCCUCGGCUGUGGUCUGAGAUGCUGCCACCCUCUUCUGACCCCGCUGCUGUUGCCCCCACUUGUUCUUGCCCCUCUGCUCUUCUGCAUCGCCCCCUCCACCUUCCAGGGACAAAGGACUCACAUAACCGGGACCCUACGGGGAGGAGCUGCUCUCACCAGCCAGCAUAGCUCAGCAGAGAGAGGAAGGAGCCGUGCCUCGUGGGUCGGAACAGGCGCCCGGGGAGAGGUCCUGAUUCUACAGCAGGGCAGGAGACGGCUCCUGGGAGGUGGGGAGCGGGGAAAGGGCUGAGGGCUGUGGCCUCUGGUCUGUGGGUUGGAGAGCCCUAGAAUCAAAGGGAAACGCUCCCAGCCGUGAGGCCGUGUGUCUUGGUCUGCGGAGGCAGCCUCCUCCCUGUGAGCGGCCGUGAGCAGGCAGGGUCGUACCUCUGUUGAUCGUGUGUUUGCAUCAGUGGACUUAGAGGGUUGCAAAUGUUUUGUGGGCAUUUGCACGUGGAACCUACUCAAAUCCUCACUGGAGAAGUCAGGGUAGAAAUUAAGCCUUCAGAACCCAACUCAAGGUUUCCACCCCUGGGGUGCAGCUGCCAGAGGCCGCAAGUGGAAGGCUGGCCCUCUGCCAUCAUCCCUCCCAGGGCUGUGGGCAUCCAGGCCUGAGAAGGGCGGCAGAGGUUGCUCAGAGCUGCAGGCCUAGAAGCAGUGCCUCUUGGUGCAAUGAGAAACUUCUUUCUCCCCCCUCCUUCACCGCUCAGAUUUGGAGAUGGAAACGAAAGGAAACAGCUGGAACGGGGAGAGAAGGAAGGGAGUGAUGGGGGCCUGGGUACAGCAAUCCCAUGCUCCUUUGGGCUCCUCCCCCUGCCUCUGGUUAGCAUGGCUUCUCCUGGGGUAAAUUUAGCAAAAAACCCCAAACAACAAUGAACAGAAUCACCACCAACAAAAA